AUGAAUGGCGAUUCGGAUGAAGAUGUUAUUUUCGAGAAUUCACCGCUGUAUAAACAUCUACAGAAGGCAGGAAUGGCCGAUAUAACAGCUGAAACCAUCAAUCAUAUUAAACCAAAUGUUAUCUCAAAACCAGUAUUGAAGCAGGUUGAUUAUGCUAGUCUUUUUAUUGAUAUAUUGGGUAAAUUUUAUCAAAGUAUUGUUUUCUACUGCUCAAAAACCAAGUGGGGCACUGAAAAUCUGGAAGCCUGGUAUCACAUGACUACCAUAAAACAUGUACAGAACUCAAAAGCUUUGGAAGAAGAGGACUUGGCCUUUUUGGAGAAUUAUAUUAACUGUAAUAAACAAGAAACCAUUUUAACAGAACCAACAGUCUAUGACUGCUUUACAAAAUGGAAUGGGCCUAUCAACUAUUUAUCUACUGGAUUUCUAGUCUAUACAUUAAUAUGGUGCACUGGUAUAUUUCCCAUGAACUUACGACCAAUGGCAGAUUUUUUAGCCGUAGCUUUUGGUGUUUGUAUAAUGAUAACAUGUUUUGAUGUCUGUUUCUAUUGGUGGAAAAGGCGUAUUUUCAUGGACACUGCAACUGCCAUUGAAAAGUGUAUCAAAACUAGUGAAAAAGUCUUGCAUCUGACUCGGCAGUCUUUACGGCUGAUACAGGAAACUGAGUUAGUCGCUAGAGGCUUUACAUUAGUGAGUCAAAGAGUAGCAGUUUCAGGGCUUGAACAACAAUCCUCAUCUAAAUUAUGUACAGAACUACGUAAAACUACAUUCUAUACAGCCAGAUCUGGUCUGUUGACAUUUAGAGAGGCCACACUGAAAUUAUUAGAACUACAUCCUUUAAUACCUGAAGUUGAUUCAGUCUGUAACUACCUAGCUAGUGUACCACUGUCAGAUUAUGGACCAUGUUUACAACUAAUAGGACAACAAGCUGACAACAGUCUUCAUCUCUCUCAGUUAACAGAUGGUUUCUCUGUAGCAGCUCUCAGGGGAAUGAAUCAGUUAUUUGCUCUCUAUUUAUCAGAGUUUAUUAGAAGAUUAACGUUAUGUUUUAUUCAUGAUGCUCAAAUACAAGGAUCUCCAGCACCUUUUGAUAAAUUAGGAAGUUUAAUGGAAGAUUUGUUUGUAAAAUUAGAAAAAGAGCAGACAAAGUUACAGAAAUCUUAUGAUUUCCACAGGAGUAGUCCUUUAAAUCGAGAGCCGAGUAAAUUCAAAUUCAAGAAAUCCAAAUCAAAAACUGGAGAUUUCCAUACAGCAGUUCAUAGUUUAGAAUUACAUUUACAGGCUGCCCUUGUAAGAACUCAAGAACUGUCAUUAAAACUAGAGAAGGAUCUAGAAGACGAGAUCAACCAGACGGAAGAUAGUGUAGAUUUACCAGGCAUCAAUAAAGAGGAGAAAGACAACUGGUUACAUGUGAUGAAGGAAGUCAAAGGUGAAAUAGAGGCUUGUAAAGGUUGCUGGGAAGAAGGGAUGGGCCGGUUGGAAAAAUCUAAAGACAAAACGGUGCCGAAGUUGGAGAGUUUUUUCUGUGAAAUAAAAGAGAAGAAAGACCAGGAAGUUAAUAUAGUAGAUAUUGGUGAAUAUAUAAUAGAAGAUCAGGUGUUUGAAGGGUAUACAGAUCCAGAUGAAAACGAAGACAGUACAUGGUCCUGGGAACCAGUAUUAUCAGCAGAAGAAAAGGAAAAAAGAAAACGUGAAAAAGAAGAAGCUAAAAGAUUACUUAGCGAGUUGAGAUCGGUUAUUUCUGUUCGUGCUGAAGAUCGUGAACGUCGAGAGAAGGUUGCCAUAGAGAAAGCGAAGGGACAUAACUCUCAUUCUGUUGAGAAUGCUUUUGACAUUACUAUCAAGAAACAGAGACUAGCUGAAGGCAGUCUGAACGAUGAAUUUGAAAGUGGACCCAAAAUGGUGGAAGAAGUUGCUGAAAUUAAAAUGUAUGUCACAGAGAAAGCUGUGGAUCCAGAUUUGGCUUUGUCCAAUUCCGAUGUCUUCAGUAGCACCAAAGCAGAUUCAUCAGCUCUUUGUCUGGAUCAUGUCUCAAGUCUAGAGAACAUCAGUCCUAUUGCUUCUAAGGCGGAAUCUAGCAGAGUCUUGGAUGAUGAACCCUUGAAGCAGGAAACUUCAUCAGUAAAUGAAGCAUCAAAUCCAAAGGAUGUUCUCCGCCAAAAUAAUGAAAAUUUGAAUAACAGUGCUUGCUACAACAAAAUCCAUAAAAUUGAGGACACUUUUGCUUCCAUUAGUGCCUUGGACGAAAACAAACUUUCAAAUUUACAAUCUGAAACCGAUAUUUCCACUAAUGAAAACCAUUCUGAUUCCGAAUUCUCCUCAACCUCCAGUAAAGAUGUCAGUUAUUCCCAGAGUUCCAUUGACAUAGACUCCAGUUCCUGCAAAGAAGACUCCAUAUUGAAAUCAGCGAACUCUUCCAAGUCCUCCAGCGGUUUCUUUGAUGGAAAGGAUCACGCCAGAAAACCAGAUAACUCUCGAAUUCCUAAUCAAAAGAACAAUGCUACAUAUUCCAUUAGUCCGAAGAAUUUCUCUAAAUCGCAGACAAACCUCAUUUCUAGUCCUAAAUGUGAUAAUACAGACACUGAAUCUCUUGUCGAUCCCAAUCUAUCACAACCCCUCAAUACUCUGACUGGUCUCAACCACAAAACCGUUUCUAACUGUGAUAACAAACAUCCAGACGCUAGUUCCAGCUUCUUUACACCCACUAAAAAUUUUUCGGGAAAUAUAUCAGGAGUUGCUCCCCUUGAUGAUUCCAAAUUAGAAUCCACAUCUUCCAUUUACCAGAAUGACGAUUUAUCCGAAACAUUGCCAAAUGAAAUGAAUACUCCUAUGAUAACUGAAACAGCAUCUAAAAGUGAAUCUUUCCAAAGGAAUCAGCGUUCACCUCUGCAUGGUGUUUCUGAUGAUCAAUCCACACCAGGAUCUCAGAGGUCUUCAUCUUCAAUACCAAAGACAGAUCUCAGUAUCAUUGAAACCCAGUCCCAAAGCUUUCUAGGACAAUCCACAGGAUUUGAUGUGGAGGAUGACACAACCCAUGCAAUGAAAGACACUGAAGCCUCUACUGAAGAUAGUGCCAAUGCUACUUUCGAAACUGGUACACCAUCCAAAGAAUCCAGAAAGUCCAAAUAUGACCAGAAGACAACCUUUGAGUGCAAAGCGAAUGAGAAAAACCAAGCAAUGAAUGACACCAAUUCUACUUAUGAAACUGGGACAUCAUCCAAAGACUCCACGAACAAUGAAGAUGUCCAAGAGAUGACCUUCGAGCAUGAUCCAGAUUUAGAAGCUGAUGACAAUGCUCUAGUGGACUCUUCUGAUCCAAGUCUUGAUGGUAUUUCCCCAGAUACCAGCUCUUCUUCUACAGGAGAGACUGGGCCAACAGAUCUUGAUAUUAGAAUAUCCAGACUUCCAGGAGCUAACUUAGCUUUCAGUGCCAAUAUUGCUGCAAUGGCUGCAGCACGAUCAGUUAAUUUGAAUUUGAACAUUGACACAUUUGGAGAUUCAUCAAGUGAUGGCGAGUGCCAGUGCAGCUGUGAAUGUGAAGGGGAAUGCGAGGAAAAUGAAAAAUGA